AUGGAUGUUGCGGUGUGCAAAGAUGACGAGUCGCGUCUGCCACGCCAACCCCCAGCCUCCAAAUCUUGCUUCCAGCCACCGAGCCAACCACUCGUUUCACAACUACUUUGUUGCACCGCAUCUCCUCGCCCACCUUUCGUCUAA